AUGGAGCAUCCGCGCAACACGUUUACGGCCGGUGUGGUCAAUGCGAUGCAGAGGCUAUAUCCGCUGGAGUAUGCCGACUCGGCUUGGGACAACGUCGGGCUGCUGCUGGGGAACCUCGAGGAGACGGAGCCAUUUCGGAACCGGGUGCUGCUGACGACGGACCUGACAGCGAGCGUGGUGGACGAGGCGAUCCAGUACGACGUCUCUGUGAUUGUUGCAUACCACCCGAUCAUCUUCCGGGGCCUCAAGGCCAUCACGCCGGCCGACACGCAGCAGGCGUCGCUGCUCCGGCUGGCGCAGAAGAACAUUGCAGUGUACUGUCCGCACACGGCGCUGGACGCGGCCAAGGGCGGCCUGAACGACUGGCUGGCCGACAAGGUGGAGGAGGCGGCGGCGGAGGCUGUGGGCACGGCGGCACACGUGCUGGACGGCAGCCGGCGGACGACGCUGAAGCCGGUGCGCGGACCCGAGAGCGUCGUCGGCUACGGACGCCAGGUGGACCUGCCGGUGGCCGUCGACGCGUUUGCGCUCGUGCGCAGCUUUGCGCAGCGGCUCGGUGGCAUGCGUCACGUGCUGAUUGCGCCGCCGGCAGACUACCGCGACGGCUUGGACGUGGCCGAACACCUGCUCGUGCGCUCGGUGGCCGUCUGUGCCGGGUCCGGCAGCGAUGUGCUCAAGGCGGCCACCUCGGCCAAGAUGCUGCUCACGGGCGAGAUGAGCCACCACGACGUGCUCGCGGCCGUCAGCCGGAACCGCUGGGUCGUCUGCGUGCUGCACAGCAACUCGGAACGCCUCUUCCUCGCCGAGACCCUGCAGGCACAGCUGCAGCACCGCCUCGCCGCCGGCCAUGACGAUGCCAAGGUGCUCGUCAGCCAGAACGACCACGACCCCUUUCUCUUCUGGGAUGUCAGCGAGCCACCGCCGAGCGGACAGAAGCCGCUGCCGGCAGCGUGUGCCAUCUAG